AUGAGCGCCGAACCCUGGACCCCAAAGUCCUGGACAGCAAAGCCCAUCAAACAGGAUGUUGUCUAUGACGACGUAGAGGGCGUUCAAUCAGCGCUCCAGAAACUAGAGAAGCUUCCCCCGCUUGUUACUACUCAUGAGAUUGCCAGCCUGAAGAAGAGUUUGAAAAAUGUCGCUCUCGGCAAGGCUUUUGUUCUCCAAGGAGGGGACUGUGCGGAGCUAUUUGAUUAUUGUAACCAGGAUAUGAUCGAGGCGAAGGUCAAGCUUCUCCUCCAGAUGAGUCUUGUUUUGAUUUGGGGAGCAAAUAUGCCUGUCGUGCGUAUCGCACGCAUUGCAGGGCAAUUCGCCAAGCCCCGGUCAAGCCCUAUGGAAGUUAUCAAUGGCGUUGAAAUGCGUUCUUUUCGUGGAGACAACAUCAACGGCUUCGAUGCCACGCCUGAGUCCCGGCGUCCAGACCCGUCGCGCCUGGUAUCUGCCUACUUCCACUCCGCGGCGACUCUCAACUACCUCCGCGCCUCGCUCUCUUCAGGCCUAGCAGACCUACACUCCCCUCUCGACUGGGGUCUUGGGCACGUCAUUACACCGGCAAUCAAAGAAAAGUACGAGCGCAUCGUCACUAGAGUCAAGGAUGCCCUCCGCUUCAUGCAAACCGUCGGAAUCGACACCGACCGUGGCGUCGAAACAGUCGACGUCUACACCAGCCACGAGGGCCUCCUCCUCGAAUACGAAACAAGCCUUACCCGACUCCUCAGAGACCCCACGCCACCACCCCCAAGUUUCCAACCCACCGCAGCCGCUGCCUCACAACCACCAAAAAGCUUCUACGCCACAUCCUCGCACUUCCUCUGGAUCGGCGAUCGCACACGCCAACUCACUGGCGCCCAUGUCGAGUUCUUCCGCGGCAUCACCAACCCAAUCGGCAUUAAAAUCGGACCGUCAAUGGAUCCCAAAGACUUGAUCGCCCUUCUCAACACCGUCAACCCAGACCGCGAGAUCGGCAAAGUAACGCUCAUCUCUCGGUACGGGGCGCGGAACAUCGCCGCCCAUCUACCGGGUCAUAUUGCGGCCGUGAAAUCCUCCGGCCAUACACCCGUCUGGCAAUGCGAUCCUAUGCAUGGGAACACGCAGUCCACACCGACGGGCGUCAAGACGAGACACUUUGAGGAUAUCCUGUCGGAGCUGCGCCAGGCGCUAGAGAUUCAUCGCGCCAGUGGUAGUUUCCUGGGUGGCAUGCAUUUGGAACUUACUGGCGAGGCGGUUACCGAGUGUGUUGGUGGUGCUGGGGGGUUGACGGAGGAGGGGCUCGGAGAGAGGUACACGACGUUUUGUGAUCCGAGAUUGAAUGAGAAGCAGGCGCUGGAAUUGGCGUUUUUGGUUGCGGGCUUCUACAGGGAGAUGGACGGGGGAGAAGAAGUUAAUUCGAUAUAA